CUGAAGUCCCCCGAAGAUAGAAGGAAAGAGCUGUCGACUGACUUCAAAAAGCAUCGCCUCUGCCAAGAAAUUAGAAAGGAAGGUUGGUGGCAGUGAAGAGGGAAGCGAAUGAUCUGGUGAUGGACUAUUGUAUAUCACGUUCCUUAGAUUCUUCCUAGACCACCAUGAGUCAGCCACCGACGGGGGGCGCUGCCCCUGUCACAGCAGCGCCUCCUGCCGCCACCGGUGCCACUGAGGCUCGCUCGCACCCGGAGGGCAGCAGCAGAAAGCAGCAGCGUGCUCAGUCACCCGCUAGACUGAGGGACAAUUCGGUCCGACAGGCAACCGCGACCACCCGGGCCCCAGUAGGGGCUGGCACUAAACUCAAUUCUAGUCGACCGCAGCAGCAGCAGCAGCAGCUGGGCAACAAGGUCGGGAGCCGUGCAGCGCCUCCGGCCAGCGCCCGGGGAAGCGGAGGCGGGGCGGAGAAGGCCGCGCCCCCGGCGCCCAAGGGGGCGGCCUCGGGAGCUGUCCAGCCUGUGGCUGGUGCUGAAGCAGCCCUAGUGGCGACCGUGGCCCCUGUGGGUGUCAGGAGGCCUGGCCUGUCGGAGGAGCCGCCCCGGGAGCUAGAGCCCGCGCCCUCUAAACUCGGGGAACCCCCUCCGCUAGGAGAAGGAGGAGGAGGGGCUGGGGAAGGAGGAGGAGCCGGCAGUGGCUCCGGGGAAAGGGAGGGGGGCGCUCCGCUGCCACCGCCGCCGCCCAGGGGCUGGCGAGGGAAAAGCGUCCGCGCUCAGCAGAGGGGCGGCAGCGGCGGGGAGGGGGCCUCCCCUUCGCCAUCCUCCUCCUCCUCUGCGGGCAAAAGCCCAGGCUCCGGCAGCAGAAAUUCCGGGCUUGGCGUGGUGGCGGGUGGCGGCGGUGCUGGAGGGAGCUACUGGAAGGAAGGAUGUCUGCAGUCUGAGCUCAUCCAAUUCCAUCUGAAGAAAGAGCGGGCGGCGGCGGCGGCGGCCGCGGCUCAGAUGCACGCUAAGAACGGCGGCGGCGGCAGCGGCAGCCACCGCAGCUCUCCGGUCACCGGCGCCCCUGCCGUUUGUGAGCCCCUGGCGGUCCCUGCCGCCUCCCCAAUGGCGGCGGCGGCAGAGGGCCCCCAACAGAGCGCAGAGGGCAGCGCGAGCGGCGGGGGCAUGCAGGCGGCGGCGCCCCCUUCGUCGCAGCCGCACCCGCAGCAGCUCCAGGAGCAGGAAGAAAUGCAGGAGGAGAUGGAGAAGCUGAGGGAGGAGAACGAGACUCUGAAGAACGAAAUCGAUGAGCUGAGGACCGAGAUGGACGAAAUGAGGGACACUUUCUUCGAGGAGGACGCCUGUCAACUGCAGGAAAUGCGCCACGAGUUGGAGAGAGCCAACAAAAACUGCCGGAUCCUGCAGUACCGCCUCCGCAAAGCCGAGCGCAAGCGGCUCCGCUACGCGCAGACCGGCGAGAUCGACGGGGAGCUGCUGCGCAGCCUGGAGCAAGACCUCAAGGUUGCAAAGGAUGUAUCUGUGAGACUUCACCAUGAAUUGGAAAAUGUGGAAGAAAAGCGAACAACAACGGAAGAUGAAAAUGAGAAACUGAGGCAACAGCUUAUAGAAGUUGAGAUAGCAAAGCAAGCAUUACAGAAUGAACUGGAAAAAAUGAAGGAGCUAUCUUUAAAGAGAAGAGGAAGCAAAGAUUUGCCAAAAUCUGAAAAAAAGGCUCAGCAGACUCCCACAGAGGAGGACAAUGAAGAUCUGAAAUGCCAGCUGCAGUUCGUGAAGGAAGAAGCCGCUCUGAUGAGGAAGAAAAUGGCCAAGAUUGACAAAGAAAAGGACAGAUUCGAACACGAGCUCCAGAAAUACCGAUCCUUUUACGGGGAUCUGGACAGUCCUUUGCCCAAAGGAGAAGCCGGGGGCCCGCCCAGUACCAGAGAAGCCGAGCUCAAGCUGCGGCUGAGGCUGGUGGAGGAAGAAGCCAACAUCCUGGGCAGAAAGAUCGUGGAACUGGAAGUGGAGAACCGCGGCCUGAAGGCGGAACUGGACGACCUGCGGGGCGACGACUUCAACGGCUCGGCCAACCCCCUGAUGAGGGAGCAGAGCGAAUCCCUGUCGGAGCUGCGGCAGCACCUGCAGCUGGUGGAGGACGAGACGGAGCUGCUGCGCAGGAACGUGGCCGACCUGGAGGAGCAGAACAAGCGCAUCACGGCGGAGCUCAACAAGUACAAAUACAAGUCGGGGGGCCACGAGAGCGCGAGGCACCACGACAGCGCCAAGACCGAGGCCCUGCAGGAGGAGCUGAAGGCGGCGCGCCUGCAGAUCAACGAGCUCAGCGGCAAGGUCAUGCAGCUGCAGUACGAGAACCGCGUGCUCAUGUCCAACAUGCAGCGCUACGACCUGGCCUCGCACCUGGGCAUCCGCGGCAGCCCCCGCGACAGCGACGCCGAGAGCGACGCGGGCAAAAAGGAGAGCGACGACGACUCGCGGCCGCCGCACCGCAAGCGCGAAGGGCCCAUCGGCGGCGAGAGCGACUCGGAGGAGGUGCGCAACAUCCGCUGCCUGACGCCCACCCGCUCCUUCUACCCCGCGCCGCCGCCGCCGGGGCCCUGGCCCAAGAGCUUCUCCGACCGGCAGCAGAUGAAGGACAUCCGCUCGGAGGCCGAGCGCCUGGGCAAGACCAUCGACCGCCUCAUCGCCGACACCAGCACCAUCAUCACCGAGGCGCGCAUCUACGUGGCCAACGGGGACCUGUUCGGACUCAUGGACGAGGAGGACGACGGCAGUCGCAUCCGCGAGCAUGAGCUGCUCUACCGCAUCAACGCGCAGAUGAAGGCCUUCCGCAAGGAGCUGCAGACCUUCAUCGACCGCCUCGAGGUGCCCAAGUCCGCCGACGACCCCGGCGCCGAGGAGCCCAUAUCCGUGAGUCAGAUGUUCCAGCCUAUCAUUUUACUUAUUCUCAUUCUUGUAUUAUUUUCGUCACUUUCUUACACAACAAUAUUUAAACUUGUCUUCCUUUUUACACUGUUUUUUGUACUGUAAACCUUUCAUCAUUUACCAUUCAUUGUAGUAUUUCAGUUUGUUUGUUUUGUUCACCCUUCAAGACAAGAAGUAAAAGAAGUAUAAUUUCUGUAGUAACCAAUGCUAUAAAAACACUGAAGACUGCUUAUUUCUUUAAAAAGAUGCAUCUUCCCACUACCAAAUUCAGUAAGAAGCCUGAGCAUUAAAUAUUUCAGGUUGACCGGUGGUUGGACCUCCGUAGGAUUUCUCCCCAGUGCAAAAAGGCUUUGUUUUAAAGGCAAGUGAGACUGCUUCAAAUAAAACAACUCCAAGCUUCCAAGAAACAGUUAAGAGAAGGCAGAGACGAGCAGAAACACCCCUUCACUAACACUCACACGGUUACCAUGGAG